AUGACCCCCGACACCGCCGCCGCCAUCAAUAACCAUAAUGGUUACCGGGACAUUCACGUUACAGUCGCCGGCAUGAAUGAUGAGGCCGCAAAGAAGAUGCCAUCGAUCCGCCACGAGCAUUGCGAGCGGUGUUACGUUGUCCACUGCCAGGUGCCGGCAUGGCUCUCCAUCGGCUGCGUGGUCAUCCGCUGCCCCAACGACUGUGGCGCCUUCCUGCACGCCUGCAAGGAAGAGGAGCACCGUCUCCUGUGCCCCAACGAGACAGUGGCCUGUCUUAACGCAGACUACGGCUGCCCACUGAGUAUGCUGAGGCACCGGCGGGCAAGACACCUGGAGGUCUGCCCGGCUAGCGUUGUCGGCUGCUCUCAGGAGUGGAACCGCUGGCCUGUUCCUGAUGGGGAACUGACCUUCUACAAGAACGCCUCCCAACAAAGCGAGAUUCACCUUGAUGUUGCUUUGGCCCUGAGGGAUCAAGAGCUGCUGUUUCAUUCCAUCAAGAUGAAGAGUGUUUUCCCUGAGCUGACAUUGGCAUAUCCUCAGGAUUUAGACAUCGGGAUGGCAAGGGAGGAUCCAUGUUUAGCUUCUGGUGGGUGUACACAAAAUGCAUGUACAGGAAUGAAAGAGGAAGAACUAAAUGACGCAAUAAGGGAUGAGUUAAAUGUGGAAAACCUUCAGAACUACAGCUCCUGGGAGAGAAUAUUCAAGAAAGAGAUGAACGGGUGUGAACAGACAAGCAAAAAUGUAGCAAAAAAAGCAGAGUGUGGAAAAGAAAUGGACCAGUCAAGGGAAAGUUCUUCAUCCAAGAACGAAGUGUCUGGCCUGGCACCAUGGCAGGACGGCGUCUUGGAGAGAUUGGGCAAGGAGGUCAACAUCGGUGAAUACAACAUGUACCUGGUACACAACGGAUCCAUGCUCAUUAACUUCGGACAGCUGAGCGCCUGCACCCCGAGGGAGAGGGAUUUUGUUUACGGAAGCCUGGAACCCAUCGAGGUGAAGUCUGUCCGUUCCUUCAAUGUUCCCAGCAGCUACCGAGCCAAGCGUUGCCACCUGAAAGACCCGAGUCGCAAGAUCAAGAUCGCACACCAGUGUGUGGACACGCUAGAUUUGGGCGUCUCAGCGGAGGAGAUGCCCAAGUGCGACGAUGUCGAUGCUACGUUGUUGUGCUGUCUGGAGAAAGAAUUUAAAGGGCAUCUCAUCUCCGAAACCACCGGGAUGGACGGGCUGUACGUCAACGUUGGGACACAAACGUACGACUUUGAUUCCGUGCCAUUCCCAGCCGAGGCGUCGCUUGCCGAUGUAGUCGCCGGCAAACCGCGCUGUCUUCACGUCCGCACAGAAUCCGAGUCGGUAACUAGGCGGCAUAAUAGGACGAGCUCAGCCUUCAGCUACAUAUGUGGUCUCUUCUUCCGCCGUGAUGAAUACCGCUGGCACUUCAGGAAUGUCCACACCGACAUCCAGGCUGGCCUCGGCGGAUGGUUCCUACAACGUUGCCCCUUAGCAUACCUCGGCUGCACUUUCGCCCAGACUAGGUUUCAACCAGGCGGUCAACCGGCUGUGGUCAAAUACCACCAUGUUGUCGACAAGCUAGUCAUCCAACCGGAUGUCUCCCGAGAGCUACUUGAGGAUGUCAAAACGUUACAUAGCCAGAAUCCCUUGAACCGACUGCCCUUGGAGAUUCUCCAGCACAUCGCUGGAUACCUGGACUCUUUCAGUUUGUCGCAGUUGUCACAAGUGUCGCGUCAGAUGAGGGAGGCAUGUGCCACCUUACUGCAGACCCGAGGGAUGGUGUCCCUCAAAUGGGAGAAGAAGACAUAUUCCCAUGGUGGGAGCUCGUGGAAGAGUCGAAAGAAAGUUUGGGAGUUCAGCUCGCUGUUUUGUCCUGUGGAACGAUGGCGCUUCACCGAAACUCCCUCCAUGGCAGAGCACCUCCAAACUUGUCCCUUCUACCAGAGGGAAGAGCAACGCACCCAGCCUAUAGCUUUAAGUGGUUUGAAGGAGGUCAGCAGAGAGGCGAAAUUUUAA